AUGGGAUCAAGUAAGCAAGGUGGGGGCCAACACGUGCGGCUGAUCACCAUCCCGCCACAUAUUUAUUUCUUCACCUCAGCCUUGCGCGCUUACAUCUCUAAAAACCGGUCUGAGCAACUCAGACGCCCGGACAUGUCUGGCGUGGGCGACAUCAUUGCCAUCGCGGAGCUGGGCUACAAGCUUGCCGCAGCGCUCAAAAGGUACAUUGACGAGGUCGAAGCGGCCGAGGACAACAUCAAGGCGCUUGUGAUCGAGGUGGAACAGGCCUCGAGCCACGUAGGUGGGCUAUCGAAACUGCUCGACGAGAACCAGGAGACGGCAUUUCUAUCCCCCGUCGGCGAGAAGAAUUGCAAGCGGCUCGCGGCGGACUUCAAGGCAACCAUCUUGACCAUUCGCAGCGCUUUGGGAGCACCUAGCGAAAGCGAGACAGACCUGGACAAGAUUGUGGAGGGUUUCCUCAUCAAGAAGCGGCAAAAGUGGCAGUGGCCGUUGUUGUCCAAGAAGCUUCUGGCUGCCCCGAGAGAGCGUUUGGGAGAAUUGAAGCUGGAGCUGCAGCUGUUGAUGGUCAGCGCGACUGCCCAUAAGCUGUCAAAAAUGCCAUCAUCCGUGGAUAUUGAGAAGCAACGUGCCGACGCCCGCGCGAAGCUGCGAAGAUUGAGGCACACAAAGGAAAAAGCUAGCUCAAAGUACAAGAAAGGGCAAGGAAAGAAGAACGGACGGGCGACGAGGCCACGGUCGCCUUCCCCUGAGAUCGAUCUUUCAAGCAUGUCUUCAUCUGAUGGCUCCUACCUAUCUGAUGAUGACGAGGAGGAACUGAUACGUGAGUAUCUCGAGGCGCGAAGGCAGGCUGAGGAGCAGGAAUUCAGAGAGUACGACAAUUUUCUGAGGGAGAAAGAACGGGAAGAGAGACGCAGAACGGAAAGAGGAAAACAACUUAUCGCCCUUGCCGAACAAGUAGAAAGAGAUGCCGAAAACGAACGACGGAAACAGGAAGCGAGGAGGGAAGUCGAACGAGAGAACGAAAAGGAGAGGAUUACUGAGACAGAAAGGCAAAAGAAAAAGGCAGAGUACGAGACUCGGAUACGGGAGGCCAUAGUAGGGACUGGCUUGGAAGAAGAAAAGGUCAACGAGGUCAUGAGCAAGAUUGAGGAGAGCGCAGCAUUCGGAGAACAGCUUGAUCCACUCACGUUCAUUGACACACCAGCAGCUGCCUCCCAGGACCAGACCGCAGGAUCCACAACCAGUGAAACCCAGACUGUUUCGACCUCACGCCGAUCUAGACCACGGAAACGCUUGUUUGGUCGAUGGGGCUCAGCAACCGCAUCCUUUGUCUCUGAUUCCUCGUCAACUGAGGCUCAAAGCACACAGCAGCCAAUAUUGGAAGCGUGGUCCUUGAAGACCCCCAGGUCUAGAAUGCCUCUCCCUGUAACAACACUGUUGGCAAUCGUAAAGAAGCAAAACUACAAGUCCGUCUUGAAGAGCUUCGCCUCGCUUCCUCAAGCAGCCAAAGACGAAUUCCAUGCUUUGAUGGAAUGCAAAGACGCCGAGCCUCAACCGUUUGCAUGGCAGCUGGUAGGGAUCCAGAUAACAAGACAUAGGAUUCGGGUAGGGUUGUUGACCUAUGCUGAGGAGGCUAUGUCCGUGAUUGCAAUCCUUCAGAGGCAGGACGACUACCCACCACAAGAGCCCACGAGGCCAAAGCUUCCUCAAAGGUCCGGCAGCAAUCGUCCGUGGCCUUCGAGUGCAACAAACACCAUUCCAACAUCGAUUUUGAAAAAGAAUCCGGAUUCACUACCUUCAAGUAAGCCAUUGGAGGCUGUAGCUACACCUGAACACCGUGUACGAAUCAGCCCCGAAGCCCCAGGUAUUUAUACGGACCACAUUGGAUCGCAAGACACCAGCACCGAUGCCAACUCUGUAGAUACUGAAAGCCAAGCUCACACCAUGACUUCUUCGGCACCACGCCCAUCUACAGGCAGGCCAAGUGGUCAUGCUCCGGUUGCAUUCCCCCAGUUACUGUCCGAUGCUCGCACCUACAGCGAUAUUGAUUCCAAGCCGGAUUUCUUCGAUGACGAACAAAGCAUUUACAGCCGCCACCGAAGCCGAAGCCGUAGCCGCGAUCCAAGGGAAACACCCCGCCAGUCUCGCUCUCCGCAGCUUACUGACGGCUUAUACACACGCCGAGAUCGCUCGCCAUAUGGAUCAUUGCCCAUUCGGAGCUCGUCGCGAGACACGUACGCACAGAGCCUGCCUGCAUCUCGUGACUACCUGCGGUCCCGGUCACGCUCGCGUCCCCGCAGCACUCAAUAUGACCCUCUGAUACCAAGCAUUGCUGAGCGAUUAGACUCCAUACAUGAUGAUUGGUUUCCCCAUGACUUCGAUCCGACGGAGAGCAAUGGAUACGUAUCUCCUGCACCGCCACGCAGGCCUUUCAUCAGGCGAUCAAACACCAACGACUCCUACGACGACAGGAGUAGGUAUCAUAGCGAAAGAAGACAAAGCCCACGACGCGCGUUCGAGCGAGGCAAGCGGCAAACGUCUCCACGAGGCCGCUCAGGGGCCUACGACGACGACUACUACUACAACGAGUACUUCAGCCCCCGCACGGCCAGCCCUCUGUCAAGGAUGACCGGACACGGCCAUCUCCUAGCAACUAGCGACAGAGCCCCACCCCUCCGACGACGCUCGCCGCCGCCGCCGCCGCCGCCGCCCCAACGCUCAGACAGCGGGUAUUACAACGCCAGAAUCUCCGACUUUUACGACUCGCCGCCGACUCGACACGGACCCCAGCGCCGCAGGUCCAACUCCUGGGACAUUAUGUUCCCUUCGCUACGCGUUUUCUACGGAGACUGGCCGGGAGCCGACUCGAGGUCUCCUCCGUCUCGGAGGUCGACGCUGAGCCCAGACCGCACCAGCAGGGCGCUGGUGCUACACGGGCAACAACUGAAUAGCGAAGAUCUCGAACGGCUGAAGAAGAAGGCGAAGAAACGUACGGCGGCGGCGGCGGCGGCAGCGGCAGCGGCAGCACGGCGGCGGCGGCGGCGGUCGUCAACGAGGAGGGGCAAUCGAUCUGAGGAGGAGGAAGACCUCGAAGACGAAGAAGCCGAGGAUCGAGAAAGCGGAGACGGAUCCGAGACGGACCGGGGAUACGAGGGAGGGAGGUAUGCAAGGAAGGGCAGGAAAGCCACUGUUGCGGAUCCGGAAGACGGCGAGGAGUCGGGGUCGGAAGUGCCGGAGCGGUUUCAGGACUUCUUCAAUCCCGACUACAAACCCCCGGCUGCGGAAGCUGUUGUCAAUGGGACUUCCGAGAAGCAUGUCGAAAAUUCAGACCGCAAUGAAAGGAUCGAUAGCUCGGUACUGAGCAUAACGGAGGAAGCUCUGAAUGGCGUUUUCACUUCUGAGCCUCAAUCUAUGGAUAGCUUCAAAGAACAGGCUUAG